AUUUUAAUUCCACUAGGAAGCAGAUAACGUGAUAGCUGCUUUAUCGUUGUUGUUUAUAUACUCUGUGAGGUGCAGAUAAGUUAUUGUGAGAGUAAAACAACAGCAGACAGUUGUCCUCUUCAAUUGGAUUAAAUUGCUCAACAACACUCUUAUCUUUCAAUUCAAGAAACUGGCACCAGUAAUCGUUAUGAAUUGCCAAUACACACAGUACACCUUGAUUUGGAAUUAUCAGUGAGGAUUGUGUUUCUUUCUUGACUAUUUUAAUUUAGUGAUCUUCUAUGAACAAUGAUGUCUAAUAUAGAGGUGAUGUUUAUAUUAACUGUGUGCACCACUAUUGUAACAAGCACGUCGAACGUAACUCAAGUGAAUAAUGAUUCUCCAGCGGAAACAUUUUUUCUUGAUUAUUUAUUCAACAAGUAUGGAAAUAAUGGAAAAAUAUCGUACGAGGGAUUUGAGCACCUACUGGACAGCUUGGGAUUGGGUCAGUUAAAAUUCAGUCACGAGCUAGACAAGCACAGAAUAAAUAAUGGAUCUUUCGAAGAAGUGCACGAUAAACUCAAUCUUCACACACACAACCACCUGGACAGGAGACGGCGGUCACCACACAAUGUUGAGAAGUCAAAAGCAUACAGCAAUGGAGUAGGAAACAAUCUGUACAAGAAAGACUUUAAUCACUGCUACACACCAGAAGAGAUGCUCAUGAUCUACAAACUUGAACCGAAUCAUCAGCUUGGUUUAUCGCGCAGUAAUUUCUUGCACAUCUGUCCGGUUCUUGUAUUCCAACUUGACAAGAAAAGUUGUGUACCCGGCCGAGUUGAAGAGCAUCCUAAUUCUGUGCUAACUGAUACGUAUAUAGUGUGGACGCUGGCUCUGCUUAGUGUGUUUGUAAUAAGCUUGGCAGGACUGAUUGGAAUAUCACUUGUGCCAUUCCUUCAAAGAUUCUUCUUUGAAGAAAUACUUGGUUUUCUUAUGGCGCUAGCUGUGGGUACACUCUGUGGCGAUGCACUUCUCCAUCUUUUGCCUCACGCGUUUCAAAUGCAUGAAGAUGAAGAUCCCAACAAUGUUACCUAUCGAGCUGCUAUUGUUUUCCUAUCCAUUCUGAUAUUUUUCGUAAUCGGAAACUUUAUGCAUAGCCAUGGUCACACACAUGAGGAAUCCAGCAAUAACACUGAACUUGCGCUAAAUGCAAUGAAGGGUGAGGAGUCAGGGCAAUUCCUUGAGAGCUCGCACACGCACGCAGGCGCCAGAAGCAACAUGAAUGUGGCGUACAUGGUGAUAAUGGGAGACGGCCUGCACAACCUGACUGAUGGCUUGGCCAUUGGUGCCGCCUUCGCAGGGGACGUCGUGUCAGGCAUCACCACAGCCAUCGCUGUUCUAACACACGAGUUGCCGCACGAACUCGGUGACUUUGCUGUUUUACUGAAGACUGGAAUGACUGUUAAGCAGGCUGUUUUCUACAACAUAGUAUCAUCGGUCAUGAGCCUUAUUGGAGUUGUAAUUGGGCUCAUGUUGACCAAUUUGGCAUAUGCAUCUUCAUGGAUCUAUUCCAUCACAGCUGGCGUUUUCUUGUACAUUGCACUCGUCAAUCUGGUUCCAGAAUUGAAGAAAUCUACAGAAAACACUCUAAGCUCUCUUUCCAUCAACGUAGCUGGUUUAAUUGCAGGAGCUGGAAUCAUGUUUUUAAUAGCAAUAUAUGAACACGAUCUCGAGCAUCUACUUGGAAACUGAAGGAAAAUAAAUAUUAAUAUACUAUCUACAAGUUUCAUAUAAAGGUAUUGAUUGAAUAUUGCUUCUCAUAUAAUGAAAAAAUUGUACUAUACUAAAAAAAAGAGUUCAGAGACUUGUAAUUUCAAGGAACUAUGGAAAACCGGCCUUUUCCUACUGAAAUAAUCGAUCUUUCUAUCUUCACAGAUAAUGUAAAACUUUGUAAUUGGAUUCCAAGAUAUUCUUUUAAAUUCAAAAACACGUCUCAAUUCUGCUUAUUUAUGACGUACCGGUAAUUUUAAUAUAAUAUUAUAAUGGUUUGAAAGUACCUACCAUCAAUUUUUUUCCUUUAGCAUUUUAUUGUCAAAUGGAAAAAUCUAUGUGAAGUUAAUGCCAAAUAAUUGUCAAGGCGAAUAAGCCAAAGAAUUAAAUUAAAUUAAUUGAUUAAUCAUUAGUCAGUAAUUUUUUUAUGUAAAUAGCUAAGUUUGUAAUUUUAUAGUUUCUCAUUUUAGAAUAAUAAAUUAAGUUCUAUCUA